AAUCUUCACCCCAAACAAUGAACAAUAAACACAAAAAAGACAAUACAAGCCAAACAAAUCAUCAGUUAUUACACCCUCAGAAUGCUUAUUUUCUCGGGAAAAUUCUAACAUACCUAUUUUCUCUCCAUCCAAACAAUAGAUCCGAUCCAAUCAAAUCCAAAUUCAAAUCUCAUUCAGAUCAAGAAUCGCAUUGCAGAUUUUGCAGAUUUCGAGAAUUAUUACAAUUUUUUAAUCAUCAUUUCGCGUUUGAAAUCGGGCGAAUCGUAGAUUCAAAUCGACAUGGCUAUGGUGGAUCAACCUCUAUAUCCAAUCGCUGUUCUAAUCGACGAGUUGAAGAACGAGGACAUUCAACUAAGGCUGAACUCGAUCCGUAGGCUUUCGACGAUUGCUCGUGCGCUUGGCGAGGAAAGAACAAGAAAGGAGUUGAUUCCUUUUCUCAGCGAGAACAACGACGACGAUGAUGAGGUGCUUCUUGCAACCGCAGAGGAAUUAGGGGUUUUCGUUCCUUAUGUUGGUGGUGUUGAGUAUGCUAGCGUUUUGCUUCCGCCUUUGGAAACUCUGUGUACCGUUGAGGAAACUUGUGUUAGGGAUAAAUCAGUUGAGUCGCUUUGUAGAAUUGGAGCUCAGAUGAGAGAACAAGAUUUGGUUGAACACUUCAUUCCUUUAGUUAAGAGGUUGGCUUCUGGAGAGUGGUUCACUGCUCGAGUUUCUUCAUGCGGUUUGUUUCACAUCGCUUAUCCUAGUGCAUCGGAGGGAUUGAAGACUGAACUAAGAGCCAUAUAUGGUCAGCUGUGUCAAGAUGAUAUGCCCAUGGUUAGGAGAUCCGCUGCUACCAACCUUGGAAAGUUUGCUUCUACUGUUGAAGCUGCCCACUUGAAAACCGACAUCAUGUCUGUGUUUGAUGAUCUCACACAGGAUGAUCAAGAUUCUGUUCGGCUUCUUGCUGUUGAGGGUUGUGCAGCUCUUGGAAAAUUGUUGGAGCCUCAAGAUUGUGUGGCACAUAUUCUUCCUGUUAUAGUCAAUUUUUCUCAGGAUAAGUCAUGGCGCGUUCGUUACAUGGUUGCCAAUCAACUCUAUGAGCUAUGUGAAGCUGUUGGUCCUGAUUCCACCAGGGCGGAAUUGGUUCCUGCAUAUGUUCGGCUGCUGCGUGAUAAUGAGGCUGAAGUACGUAUCGCUGCUGCUGGGAAAGUGACCAAGUUCUCCCGCAUAUUAAAUCCUGAACUAGCUAUUCAGCAUAUUCUACCAUGUGUUAAGGAGUUAUCCACAGAUUCAUCUCAACAUGUUCGCUCUGCAUUGGCUUCAGUUAUAAUGGGAAUGGCACCAGUCUUAGGGAAGGAUGCAACAAUUGAGCAACUGCUUCCUAUUUUCCUCUCUCUUUUGAAAGAUGAGUUUCCUGAUGUUAGGCUAAAUAUUAUCAGCAAGCUUGAUCAAGUGAACCAGGUUAUUGGUAUUGACCUGUUAUCUCAAUCGCUAUUACCAGCUAUUGUUGAGCUUGCUGAGGAUCGGCACUGGAGAGUUAGACUUGCAAUCAUAGAAUAUAUACCCUUGUUAGCAAGUCAGUUGGGUGUAGGAUUUUUUGAUGAUAAACUUGGAGCUCUUUGCAUGCAAUGGCUCAAGGACAAGGUAUACUCAAUCCGUGACGCAGCUGCCAAUAAUGUCAAACGCUUGGCAGAAGAAUUUGGACCAGAAUGGGCAAUGCAGCACAUUAUUCCCCAGGUUUUGGACAUGAUUAAUGAUCCACAUUAUCUGUAUCGAAUGACGAUCUUACACGCAAUUUCUCUGCUAGCUCCUGUUCUGGGCUCAGAAAUUACUUCUUCAAACCUGCUGCCUCUGGUCGUUAAUGCAGCAAAAGAUAGGGUACCCAAUAUCAAAUUCAAUGUUGCUAAAGUAUUGCAGUCUCUCAUUCCAAUUGUUGAUGAGUCUGUUGUUGAGAGUACCAUUCGUCCCUGUCUGGUUGAGCUCAGUGAGGAUCCAGAUGUUGAUGUGAGGUUUUUCGCCUCUCAAGCACUACAAUCUAGUGAUCAAGUCAAGAUGUCCAGCUAGAUCAAUCUGCAUAUUGUGUUUAGUUAUUUUUUACUUGUAAUAUUUGCAAUUUCUUAUGUAAUUGGCCUCAAGCCAACUUGAUCAAUCCUUUGUAUUACAUAUAUCAUUGUUGAGAUCCUGCUUUGUUUUAUUUCUAUCUGAUAUCUAUGUUACCAGUUUUUUUUUGUAGCGAUGAAACAUUGUCCAGAAGUGGGAUGAGUUUUGAAGUACAAUCACUAAUUCUAUGAUUAACCAUUGUGAACAUUUUGUAUGAAAUUUUGCUCUGCAAAUAGAAAGAAUAUAUAAAGCUUUGUUUA